CCUUCUUUCAUUCUUAAUCCAGUGCUGUUGUUUUUGCAUUUGAACUAUCUCCAAUCCAUUCUUAGACUGACUAAAGGUGUCCGUAACGAUCGGAAAAGAAAUUGCCAACCCUGAUCCCAUAUCUCUUCUCUUGUCAGGGCCCUUUACAAAGUACGUUUGGGUCAGAGUCAUUUAGUAAAUGACUCAACCGUUGACAACCAGAGGCUAGUUGCUGAAGAAGCGUAUAAUUCUUUUGCUAGGAUCAUGGCGCAAUGUGUCGGUUUUAAGUCCAGCAUGGAUUCUCAUGAGGACCUAAUAAUUCAAGAAAUAUUUCAAGAGUUAUCUUGGGACCUCCAACAAUCAUCUGAUCCGCCUGUGUUGGAUGUGACAGACAUGUUUAACUUUGUGUCUGGCGAUUCUCAAUCAGGAUCCUGUUCUGAUUUUGAACAAUUGCUCAGUGAACCAAGUGUUGAGCUGAUCAGUAGUCCUACUAGUGGCACUUCAGAGACGUCCCCAACUAUCAAUGUACCCGUGGAAAAAUGUUCACUUGUUGAACCCCAAAAAUCCAUCGAGGUUCAAUUAACGUGCUUAGUUUGUGGAAAUGUUGCUGGGAAACAUUGUUACUAUGGAGGACAGGUUUGCGUCAGCUGUCGGGCCUUUUUUCGAAGGUCUGUGCUUGGAAAAUCUUACGCAGAUUUUAGAUGUGCCAAAGAGAAACAAUGUGCCAUUAAUUCUAAAUCGUGGAAAAGUUGCCGUUUUUGUCGCUUUCAAAAGUGCUUGCAGAGUGGGAUGCGAAUUGCCUGGGUGGAUACCGAAGAUAGGCCUAAACGUGCGCUGAAGAGUUCCACUGCCAAAAGCAAAGUGGUCGUACCAUCUCAUGGAGUUCCACAAUCCUUGGAGCCCAAAUGGACCGUGGACGAAGAGUGCUACAUCCGAGGGUUUUACACUCAUGCUUGGGAGAAUUGGUGCCAUGUCAUCACCGAUUUCUAUGCCAAGCACCCAAUUUACUUUGCCUCGAUUGUUUCCAUAAUUUUUUUAGAUGUUUCUGUAGACAGCAAUCCUUUGAUGAAAAAGGCUAAUUUUUACGAGGGCAUGAUUGAAAUGGAGCUAUCUUUACAAAAAUUUUGGUUUACCCAUCCCGAUAUGAAUGGACUGUGUAAAGAGGAUCAGGAGGAAUUAGUGAACAAGAACAACGAUUUAAUCUUCACGUUUUGCCGAUGUGUCCAAUAUUUGAAUGUUCAAGACGUUGUCAAGUAUUCUCGCCUUUAUCGAGAUCACUUAAAAGAACGUGCCAAUGAAGAUGAAUCUUGCCAAGACGUGGCCGCCAUGUUUAAAGGCUUCAGCAUUUCUGACCAUCCCGAAGAUUACAUCAAACCAAACAAUACAACCCCUCUUUGCCUUUUGUCCAAUGACACUGAAAGUAAACACGUUGAGGAUAGCAUCAUGACCGACAUGCAAGAGUGGAGCCGUUUGUUUGCCCAAGGGCCUUGUGAUCCAAUUCUUCAGACCCUGAUGGGUUAUAUCCUCAUCUUUGACCCGAGUAUGAAGAAGCUCCAAAAUUAUAAUGCUGUUAGUAACAUUCAAACCAAAUAUUUGCAUUUGCUGCUUCGUUACCUCAGAGCAGUAGUCCCCAAACAAGCCAACAAGAAAAUAGGACAAGCCGUAGAAUUCCUCACUAAACUUCGAACCUUAUCGGAUAUACAAAGCCAAGCCCGGUCUGAAUGCAUCAAUUUGAAGUAAAAACAAAUUCUAAACAUA